AACUCCAUGGCCAAAUCAAGCAUGGAUAAGUCAUUCUCCCUUGUUCUUGUUUUCGCCUUCUUUGUUUUGUUACAUCACUCACUCUGUCUUGCUUCUUCCAAGUCUAACGAAGAAGCCGAAGCUCUUCUCAAAUGGAAAGCCAGUCUUCAAUUCAAAAAUCAGUCUAGACUAACUUCAUGGACUUAUUCUCCAAAUGAUGCCACUAGUUUGGAACCAUGCACUUGGCUUGGAAUUUCUUGUGAAGAUGGAAGCGUAUUCGAAAUCUUCCUACAAUUUUCAGGUAUUGUUGGCACACUCCAUGAAUUUUCAUUCUCAUCCUUCCAUAAUCUUACAUAUCUCAAUCUUCACUCCAAUCAACUCUAUGGUCCCAUAACACCUCAAAUUAGUAAUCUUACGAAGCUCAUUUCUCUUGACUUGUCAAAUAAUCAGUUAUCUGGAAAUAUCCCAGCUGAAAUUGGCCAAUUAACUCAUCUUGAGGUUCUGCAACUUGGAUACAAUCGCCUGAACGGUUCAAUCACUCAAGAAAUAGGCAAGUUAAAGUCUCUCAAAGAGCUUUCUUUGUACAACAACAAUCUAGAGGGACCAAUUCCAACUUCUUUGGGAAACUUGAGUAACAUGACCUAUUUGGAUCUCUCUAACAAUUCGCUAAAUGGUUCUAUCCCAAAGGAGAUAGGAAACUUGAUUAAUCUUUAUUACUUGAGUUUGAGGAAUAACCAGCUCAGCCAAGAAAUUCCUAUUACAUUGAUGAAUCUACAUGGCCUUUUUCAGCUAGAUUUGAGUAAUAACUUGCUCAUUGGUCAUAUACCAUCAAGCAUUAGUGAUUUGGAACACUUGCAGAAUCUGAAUCUCUCCCAUAAUAGACUCUCCGGCGGCAUUCCAGAAGGCUUCAACGAUUUGCCUAUGUUGUCAUGGAUUGACCUAUCUUACAACAAUUUGCAGGGUCGUAUACCAUACAGAAAAGUUUAUCAAUAUGAAGCAUUCCAAGGAAACAAAAGAUUGUGUGGAAAUAUCCAAGGAAUAAAAAGAUGCAAAAAUAAAAUCCCAAUUAUAGCCAUUCUAUUCCCUCUAUUCGGAGCACUUUUACUUGUAUUUGCAAUCACUGGAAUUUUCUUCAUCACAAGAAAGAGAGAGAAAGGUCCGCAAGCUGAAGAGAGCAGCGCAUAUGAUAAAUGUUUGUCUUGGAUAUCAUCAGCAUUUGAUGGAAGAAUCAUGUACGAAGAAAUCAUCAAAGCAACAAAUGAUUUUGAUGCCACAUAUCGCAUUGGAAGAGGGGGAUUUGGAAUAGUCUAUAAAGCAGAAUUGCCUUCAGCUGGCAUUGUGGCCGUAAAGAAAUUUCACUCAUCGGGUGAUGGAGAGCAUGCAUUCCAAAAGGAGUUCUUGAAUGAGAUAAAGGCAUUAUUGGAGAUAAAGCAUCGAAAUAUUGUGAAACUUCAUGGGUUUUGCUCGAAUGCUCUACACUCUUUUUUGGUCUAUGAGUAUCUUGAAGGGGGCAGCUUGGCCUCACAUCUGAGAAGAGAAGAAACGGCCAAAGAAUUAGAUUGGAGUAAAAGAUUGAAUAUUGUUAAAGGUGUGGCCCGAGCCCUCUGUUACUUGCACCAUGAUUGCUUACCGCCGAUUGUCCACCGAGACAUAUCGAGCAGCAAUGUUUUACUGGAUUCUAAGUUUGAGGCUCAUGUAUCAGACUUUGGUACUGCUAAGCUUCUAAAGACCGAUUCCUCCAAUUGGUCUAAAAUCGCAGGCACGUAUGGUUAUAUUGCACCAGAGCUUGCAUACAUGAUGAAGGUAACUGAAAAAUGUGAUGUGUAUAGUUUCGGGGUAUUAUCAGUGGAAGUGAUCAAAGGAGAGCAUCCAGGUGACAUCAUUGAGUCUCUAUUGUCUAUUCGGGCAGAGGAGAAUAUGGUAGUGAAAGAUGUUUUGGACAAACGCCUUCCACCUCCGUCGCUCGCAGUUAAGUAUGAAAUCAAAGUAAUCCUGGAACUUGCAAUUCAAUGCAUGCACUCUAAUCCAAAACAUAGACCAACCAUGCAUAUGGUUUGCCAACAACUUUUAGCUCGAUUUGUUUUCCAAGAUCCACCCCCACAACUAUGCUUGGAUUAACUAGUAAUGUGGAGGCUAAUAAAUUUACGUUGGACCAAACUCUGCUAGUAGGAAUUGAUCAUUCCGGACAUUGUAAGGCAUCAAGUAUGAAUAAUAUUGCUUACAUAUCUUUGUAUUGUUCGUUUCCUUCAUAUCUUUGACAUAAGCAUUGCAGCUGAGCAAUAUUAUAGGCAGCCUCUAUUUAUGGGAACCAAACUAUGAUAAGUAUGCUACAAAUUCUGAUUCUUGCUACAAGCAAUCCACUCUGGUUUGUAAAACCUUCAAUGGAAAGCCUUGUUUUUUGAGACAGCAUUUUCCUUCACCAAACUCUCGAUGCAAGAAGCAGAAUUUCCU